AUGGACUUUUCUUCAUUAUAUGAUUGUGAAAAUGUUCUGGGUGAAGAUGAUGAGGCAACUUGGAAAAAUGUUAAUCCACCAGCAACUGCAAGUUGCAUCAAUGAAUUUCAUGAUGACUUCUUGACUUCGAUGUCGGAUGAUCUUCACACUCCUGUUGUUCUGGCUGCAAUGUCGGACCCUCUGAAAACAAUCAAUGAUCUCAUUCAUACUCGCAAGGGAAAGAAACAAGAACUAAGACUAGAGUCCCUUGCAGCUCUGGAGAAGGCAUUGAGGAAUGUUUUGACUGUUUUAGGACUGAUGCCAACUAGUUACUCAGAGGUACAUACCAUUAAUCUUCUGUUGUUUUCUUCUUUUUAUGGUUACUUUUUCAGAUAUUGAAUGUGUUACUUCUAUGUCAAUUUAGCAUUGACAUUGUGCAUAUCUCUACGCUAUUGAAGAUCUAUUUACUAACUACUUUCAGUAAACAUGGUUUCUUCUGGACUGCCUGUCUUUUCAAACUGCUUAGAUGCU